GCGUGUGUGUUGUUGGUGCUGAAGUUGCAUUGCAGGGGUGGGACUCCUGCAUUCACAUUUUCUUCAUCAUGCGCAGCGGAAAACACACACACUUCAGAUCUAAAAACACAUAUCUGAUCUGACCCGAGCACACACGCGCAUCUAUCAGAUCUAAUCGGAUCGUGCACACGCAUCUGAUGCUUUAGUGCAUGAUAAUUGAUGGAUGAAAGUGUGCAUGAGCACGAGAGGGAGAAACAGAGACUCCUAAAGGUGGCAGUAUGUCUGUGCAGGGUCAGGAUAUUUCAGAAUAUCGUCUGAGCGUGGUGUUGGAUCCUCCUGGCUGGGAGGUGUGUUUGUAUGUGUUCGGGUUCUUGGUUCUGUUUGCUGUGGUCAUAGCGAAUCUGUGGAAAUUAUAUAAAUCCGGCUCCUUCCCGACUCCAUCUCCGUUUCCCAACUUCAACUACCGGUACCUGCAGGAAAAAUAUGGCUCGUCCAACUCAGAGAUCAGACAGAAGCGUGUUGCAGCGAACAAUCAGCGGAGGGUGUCCUCAGCGAGUCGGAAACCCAGUCUCCAGCUGUUGGACACCCCCGAUGGGUUUCGAGACCUGGGAACAUUGGAGCUGAUGAGCCGAGAGCUGGAUCCCAGCGGCACCCUGAAUCGCUCCAUGUCCUCCGAAUCGCUAUGUUCCAUCUCAUCUGUCGCUCAAACCUUCGGCCAUGACUUCACGGUGGGGCAGCUGGAGGUCACGCUGGAGCUGGACUCUCGGACCUCGUCUCUCAUCGUCUCGCUGCACCAGGGUAAAGAUCUGCUGGAGAAGGAGGAGGAGAACUUCCCCGGGUGCUACAUCAGCGUCAUGCUGGUUCCUCAGCAGAUCAGUCUGGGGGCCACACAGGUUCAGAGAAACGCCUUCACCGUGGUGUUCGAUGAGCGCUUCUCUGUUCCAUUUGAGUCUGUGAAUCUGGAGGAGAACAGUCUGAGGUUCUCUACGUUCGGGGUAGAUUCUGAUGAGCGGAACAUCAGUGCUGGAGAAGCAGAACUUAAACUGUCAGAUCUGGAUCUAUCCUUCCGGCCGUUUAACGCCUGGCUCUACCUCCAGGACCUGAAUAAGGCUGUGGAUGCUGUUGGUGAGAUACUGUUGUCUCUCAGCUAUCUGCCCACUGCUGAGCGUCUCACCGUGGUCGUGGCCAAAGCAAAGAACCUGGUCUGGACUAAUGGAAAGACCACGGCAGAUCCGUUUGUGAAAGUCUACCUUCUUCAAGAUGGCAGAAAGAUCAGUAAAAAGAAAACCUCCAUAAAAAGAGAUGACACAAACCCCAUCUUCAAUGAGGCCAUGAUCUUCUCAGUACCUGCCAUCGUCCUACAGGAGCUUUCUCUGAGAGUGACGGUCGCUGAGAGCACAGAGGAUGGGCGAGGUGAAAACGUAGGUCAUGUGAUCAUUGGACCGGAGGCCAGUGGAAUGGGAAUAACCCACUGGAACCAGAUGCUGGCCACCCUGCGGAAACCGGUUUCAAUGUGGCACCCGCUCCGGAGGAACUAAUUCUUGACCUUUGACCCCUAACCUCUGACUCUCGUCUGCAUGGUGCCUAAUGUCUAACAGUCUAAGACGUUUGAACCUUGAUCAACCUUGAGUCCCAAAGCAACCGUGUGGUCUCACACACAGCAGAUAGGGGACAGAUGGAUCCAUAAAGGAGAUGGAAAUCAUUUUAGUGGCUCAGGAUGACUCGUCUGCUCCUGGAAGGGUCUAUGAAAUCCAGGUUUAUUAUCCAGGUUAAAUCCAUUUGUACAUAUUGAUAACAGGGUGGCUGAUAAUCUUCUGCAGUUAUGGGGCGGUGAGACGCAGGUAGCAGUAGCCACAUACUGUCGUGCUAGAUAUUUAAAGCGUUAAAAGAAUGAGAAAAUUGUUUGGCUUUAAAUAUAUUUUGAGGUGUUGAGUACUAUUAUUUUCUCAGCUUGAAAAAAAAGGCAUACUAACAAAAUUGGGGUUGUCUAUCCCUUUUCUCAGGCAAGUGUAAUGACACUUAUUAGCCUAAUGGUGGCGCCAUUGAACAGCAUUGAUUUCUUUCCCUACAAGACGUUUUUCUUUCCCAUUUUGGAUUUGAUGUCAUUAAAAAUCAAGCACCAAACUCUCAUAAACUUUCAAUAAUGCAUUCUACAACUAGGGGGCGCUGUGCAAGACCUUCAUUAUAUGGAAAAUAUUUUAUUAAUCACUAUUUAUUUAAAUACAAAAAUUCAAAAUUGAGCAGAUGUGUUGUUUAGUGUGUUUGAAGAAUGUUUUUGCCCAUAUAGAUAAUAUACAAUAUACUAUAAAAAUGUGAAAACGAUAAAGUAAUGUAUUUAUAAUUUUGCAAACAUUUUGUAAGUGUGUUGUCCAACUGAAAAGGAGUGCAAUCAUUUUUAUCAACAUUUAUUGUUGGACGUUAAAUAUACAGUAGUUAUCUAAGUAAACAUAGUAAAAUUAAACCAUAUACUGUAUGUAGCGAAAGUAACUACAAAACAAUGUACAAUACAAUGACAGUAGAAUAGUUUUAAUUUUUUUCAUUACAACACGUACUUUGUAUUUUUGUACACAUUACACUCCCCAACCCAAGCCAUUCAUAUUUCCAUAUUCCAACAGAAAAUUUUAAAAAAAUGUUCAGACUGCCGCAAUAAUGAAACCUUCUGAUGACAGAAUGUACAAACUUCAUACCAAAAUCUGUGAAUGACAUCCUACCACAGCAAACACGUUUUUUCUUGCAGAUCUCAGAUCUCUUACAGAUGCUGCUUCACUUUUACUAACAAUAUUUCAAGCUUGACACCAUUGAACUUCAUUCCGUGCCAAAUUCACUCUAAUAGAAGCAAUAUUCUCAUUUGCAGUGGACAUCUAAUGUUGGUGAACUUUACAGAUUUAAAUGCUAAGACAUACUUACAAUGCAUGCACAUGUAAUGUACGACAUAAUGCAAUCAAUUGAAUUGUUUGAAUAAAAAUGCUUUGUGUG